AUGUCGUCUUCAAGUCCCCUAUUUCGAGCCUCAAGCGCGGUGGCAAUAGGCGAAGAAUCUGCGGAUGAAACAACCUGCUUGUUACCAAAGCAAGCAGAUAAAUCAACGAGUUGCAAUGGGCAUGCAACCAAACCGGCAAAAAUCAGUAAAAUAUUCGGACUAUGGCAAAUUGGAGCACUUUGUGGCAUCCUAUUAGCAUACGCGGAUACUUCUCUAGUGUGGGCAACUCAUGAGACGAUAGCAUCGCGCUUCGAUAGCCGGCAGAAGUCGUCAUGGAUGAUGACGAGUUUUACAAUAGGAUAUUGCGUAACACUACCGCUGUACGGACGAUUGAGUGAUAAUUUUGGUAGCCUUCGCUCUCUACUGGUGGCAUACUGCACAUUUUGCAUUGGUAGCGCGCUCUGCGGAAUAGGUCUGGCUUAUUGGCAAGUGAUUUUGGGCAGGAUUAUCGCCGGCUGCGGUGCAUCGGGGAUCGUCUCUCUAGCUUCCAUUAUAAUCACAGAGCAUGCCGACCCACCAGACGUCGUGGUUCUACGAAGUUACGUCAAUAUAGCCUCAACAAUUGGACUUUCAGGGGGUGGCCCGCUUGGGGGGUUUCUCGCCGAAGUAAUUGGUUGGAGAUGGCUGUUUCUAGGACAAGUCCCAAUUGCAGCCGCCUGUUGUUUGCUUAUUGCGCAAAGUCUCACAGUAACUUUGCCAAAACUAGAGCGGGAAGAGGAACAGCAGCGAGACGACUCUCGAAACGAGCCUGCACCAGCUCUCUUAGCUUUCGAUUUUCCGGGAGCGAUCACUCUUGCCAUAGCAAUAUCCUCGCUUUUGGCGGCCAUCGAUUUACAAAACCCGCUUGCCUGGGGGCACCCUCUUGUUCUCAGUUUACUCAUUGUUGGCAUACUCUCUACACUAGCCUUUCUUGCCUUUGAGACCUUUCCGGGGAACAGGGAGCUCUUGAUGCCGUUGAGGCUUUUGAAAACAGAGAUUGGUGCAUUCUGUGCUGGACAGUUGCUUAUAGUUGCGAGUGGUUAUGGAUUUGUUUCUCAAAUAGCACCAUACUUCGCAAAUACUCAAGGAGCUUCGGAUGCAGAAGGUGGAGGGCGGACAGUUCCUUUCAGUAUUGGGAACGCAGUAGUGGUGAUUCUACUCCGAUGGCCUUAUCCUAUCGCUGGAACAAGAAUUACCGGUCGGAAAUUCCCAUUCUGGGCAGAGGCAGGACUUCGAAAACAACUCCAAAUAGAAGCUAAUGAUUACAUGAAACUCGUUGCAGGCGUCUGGGAAGAAAUCCUCACUACCUUCCCAUUCGGUCUCUUUGGUGGCAUAGUCCUCUCCGCACAGUUUAUUGGCCUCUACAAUUGUUCCCCGAAUCAAUAUAUGGCCACAGCUAUUAGCAUGUACUAUAUGAGCCAACAAAUCGGUAUCGCUCUAGGCAUAAGCAUUAGCUCGGGGCUUCUGAAGCAUCAGUUCAAGGUCACCUUACAGAAUGCAAUGGUCAACGUUCCGGGGUAUACAGAGGUUAGUCCCAUACGUCACCUUGCCAGAAAAGAAAAGAAACGGAAGAAGUCUAAUUUGUACAAUCAACAGAUUAUCAAGAGAAUCUUGGAUGAUUCUUCGGUCGUUGCGCUAUUCCCCGAAGAGAUCCAGUCACUCAUACGUCAGAGUUAUCUCAACAGUUUCUGGGUGGUACCAGUGUUAGCGGUUUCAACACAAGUACUUACUAUUCUGCCUAUGAUUUUUACGACGGAGAAGUAUUCAAAUCGACUGGUAAAGGCUUGCCAGUGA